GGGGAAGCCCAGCAUACUGUUCUGCAGACUUUGCCUACAGCUUCUUUGCUGUAUAAGCGUAGAAUAUAUACACCCAGGAAAGCAAUUAGAGAGAGAUGGACCUCCAGCACAGAGCUCGCCCUUUCCCCAUCCCGGAGGAUGAAGAGGUUGCACACAAGGUCGCUCCUGAUGCUCACAACUCUGCAGGGAAUGAAGAGAAACCAGUGUCAAAAUUGCAACGUAGGCACAGUGAAAUAAAACUCUACAAAGAGUUUUGUGACUUUUAUGCAAGAUUCAACAUGGCCAAUGCGCUUGCAAACGCCAUCUGCGAGCGCUGCCGGGGUGGCUUUGCCCCUGCGGAGAAAAUUGUCAACAGCAACGGGGAGCUGUACCACGAGCAGUGCUUCGUCUGUGCCCAGUGCUUCCAGCAGUUUCCCGAAGGGCUCUUCUACGAGUUUGAAGGGAGGAAGUACUGUGAACAUGAUUUUCAAAUGCUUUUUGCCCCUUGCUGCCAUCAAUGUGGUGAGUUCAUUAUUGGUCGUGUUAUUAAAGCUAUGAACAAUAGCUGGCAUCCAGAGUGCUUCUGCUGUGAUAUCUGCCAACAAGUAUUGGCUGAUAUUGGAUUUGUCAAGAAUGCUGGCAGACAUCUCUGCCGUCCUUGCCAUAACAGGGAAAAAGCCAGAGGCCUGGGAAAGUACAUUUGCCAGAAGUGCCACGCCAUUAUUGACGAACAGCCUCUCAUAUUCAAAAAUGAUCCUUACCACCCUGAUCAUUUCAACUGUGCGAACUGCGGGAAGGAACUUACUGCUGAUGCUCGUGAGUUGAAGGGAGAAUUAUACUGCUUACCCUGCCAUGACAAAAUGGGCGUCCCCAUCUGUGGGGCAUGUAGGAGACCAAUUGAGGGCCGUGUGGUGAAUGCAAUGGGCAAACAAUGGCAUGUGGAGCAUUUUGUUUGUGCAAAAUGUGAAAAGCCAUUCCUGGGUCAUCGUCAUUACGAGAGAAAAGGCUUGGCGUAUUGUGAAACCCACUACAACCAGCUAUUUGGUGAUGUUUGUUUCCAUUGCAACCGUGUGAUUGAAGGAGAUGUUGUGUCUGCUCUGAAUAAGGCAUGGUGUGUGAACUGUUUCGCUUGUUCUACUUGCAACACUAAGUUAACACUCAAGAAUAAAUUUGUUGAGUUUGACAUGAAGCCUGUCUGCAAAAAGUGUUACGAGAAGUUUCCCCUAGAGCUGAAGAAAAGACUGAAGAAACUAGCUGAAACUUUGGGAAGGAAGUAAAGACUUCAUCUGCUCUCCUCCUCCUUUGUGAAAAUCCUAUAUAUAUUACCUGGGGGGAAUGGGGCUGUUUUGAGGCUGCAGGCAGGCAACAAAUGUGAUGUAUGCCUUUGAAU